AUGCCUGAUGGCUUCCAGACCUCGAGGAGCAGCUCCAACAGCACCCAGGCUGGGCCCAUGGAUGGGUUCCUACACUCAUCGGCGGGCAUGUCUUGCGAGACCGCAGGCACAAACAUGACCGACUCCCCGACCCACUCCCAGACCUCGGAGGCCGGCGGCCCCUCACUGGCAGACAUCAGCGCCGAUAUGCGAGCGCUAGCUGGCGCAAUGGUCACUAAAGACGACCUCCGUGCCCUCUCAGACACUAUCCACGUGGUGAUCUGCACAGAAGUCACCGCACUCAGAGCAGAAAUCACAGCACAUGGUGUCAGAAUUUAG